CCUUGUUUAUUUUACGUUUAACAGCAAAAUUACCUUUGUUAAGGCUAUAGAAAGUCAAAACAUGAGAUGACAACGAUGAGAAAGUCAGCAUUUGUUCUAACCUAAAUGAACCGAGUUCACAUUUAAUCAUGUUGCCAAGAUCAAGUUUGAGACAAGGUCUAAAGUCUGGUCUAAAGUUCACAAUUACGUUAGAGAGGCUAAAGCUCCACAUCACAAACGUCAUAAAUUAAACACCCAGUUAUGUUUAUUAAGUUGUGCGAUCACACAGGUGGAGCUCCUAACCCAGUCUCUAGAUUUCCCAGGACACUUAAAGACAGCAGUAUUUGUUCAGUGUUGACAGCUGCAAGAGUUGAUGUGAUGACGUCGUCUCUCUUGGAGGCUUCAGGCAAACUUUCUCACAGUCAGCGCGUCAAGCUCGACAGAAACAGCAUGAGGGAAACUGGAAGUCAAAUAAAAGCACGGAAAACUAUUUUUAUUGUAAACAAGACAGAAAUGUUGCACUACAACCCCCCAACACAGUUUCUUUUGUUAACCACUUCCAGCAGUGCUGUCAUAUAUAAUGGUGUGAUGGAUAAUGCAUGUAAAUGCUGCCUGUUCCUUUAUUAUUUGAAAUCAUUUCAGAUACUUUUUUUGCUCCCAAAACUCAGUGGCAUGUGUUAUGAUGUCGAUAUCCCGGUGGUCUUGUUGGACACCGGAAUAACUGACUCCAGCAAACAUACAAUUGCAGUUGACUAAAAUACAUUUACCUUUACAAUAUUUACGUUUUAUAAGGGACACAUAAAAAUACAAAAUGGACAACAUAAAAAAUUGAACAUACCAAAAUAAUUUUUUUUCACCCAGAAAGUUCGAUGAACAGCUUAUAAAUUGGGGGAAACGACACUCUGUGAAGCGUUAUCGCUUUUAUUUUGAAAGUUACAAGCGGAAAUCGUAUUUUUCAGGCUGACUUAACGCUAAUUGUCCAAAGACAGGGCGAGGAGUGUUCUGCUUUAGCAGCUUUUUUCUCCUCUGUGGCCACUUUCUUUGUGGUUGUUGUUCAUGCUGUGUUUAGAUAUUAGUAUAAGCGGUACGUUUUUUCACCUCAUAAAGUUUUGUUUUACUCAUAAGUUAAGUUUACCAGUCUGUAGGCUGCUUCUUUUGAACAACGGUAGCAUUUUUUUUUAACGUUAUUGAGACCUUUCCAGAUUGAACGAUGAGACCGAGCACACUCGGAUUUUAUAUGCGGUUUUUAUUUUAUCGCCGGGAAAACGAGGAAAGAACAUGAGUCCUGCUUUUACUUUGGUUUACUUUUUAGAAACCAGCAUUCACAUGAGUAUGCUCUUGCUGACCUCCUCCCUUUCCUUGCCUUCACCUUUGGAUGCAUGCUGUUUCAGAAGAAAGUUUUCCCUUGGGGUUGUUUUAUAAAAUGAGACAAGAGGAAAACGAUCCUCUGCCACCACACAAGAGAUGAAGACAGAACGGAAGCAACAAUAAACUUUGUGUCUCUUUUCAUUUUGAUGACAGUUUAUGGAUAAUUAUCAAUAAGUACAUUCUGUCCGUUGUGGGGAAAUACUUGAUACAUUUACCUAUGGAGGACUCGCAAUGAGCUGACACAAUAUGCUGGCUCUAAGAGCGGAGCAGGCCAGACGUGGGGUCGGUGAGGUUGUGCUGCAGAAUGAGGCUCCCACAGCCAAGCAAGGACGGCCACCAUUGAGGAUACCUUCUCACAAGCAAGUCAUUAACAUCAAGGAGAAGAUCUCCCAGUGGGAAGGUCGCAGUCAGCAGAGCAGUGGCCAUGACACUGGAGUGAAAGUACAUCCUCCGACUGUAUCUCGGACUCUGUCUGGAGAUCUCCUAGGCAACGGUUGUCCGAACGAGAGCUGGAGAGGCGGUCUUCAUGCAAAAGCCGACGUCUCAAAAAGAAAGAACUCAGAAUUUGAUUUUCAGGAAUCCCCAGCACAGGCUGGACACAGUGUGGGUGGCAGGAAGUCAGAACCGGUGUGUAGUGGUUCCAGUGAAUUCUUAGCCACGUCGCCAGGAAAUAAAACAUUUUCAAUGCAAAUACUUGCAUCUCCCAAAGUGGAGGCUACAGGUAAACGAAUCAUUACUGCCAACGGUGACCAAAAAAUGGGUCGUAUCUUGGAUGCUGAAGUAGUUUUUAAACCUCUACCUCUGUCAACUGAUGAUUUAGAAGACAACAUGCCUGCUGGUAACUUCUACACUUCCCGGGGUUUCUGGCGGAAGCUUGAGGGAAACAGACUGCUCUGGGAGAAAGGCAGAGGAUCAUCAGGUGAAGCUAACCCCCCUCCCAAACCUCAGCGGACAUUCCAGUAUCGGGGAACCAAGAACAGUAACAACACAGGGUACAUGGUACAAUGGGACAGAGGGUCCUCUCAUAACAGUCACUCCAACACGAGAACCAGGAGGGUAGCUCAACCACCCAACUUCCCACCUCCUCCGUGUCCAGUUGCAAAGAGUGAAGGACUUUCAAGACAUAAAAAGAACAGGAAGUCCUUUGAGUAUGAGGAUGCAGCACGUCUGACGGCAGAGCAAGGCCCUCGGGCAGAUGAUGCCCUUUACCAUGCCUACUCUGAUGACAAUAUUUACGAGGACAUCGUCUGUGAUAUGACCAGAGAUAACCCCUAUGAGGAUGUCAAGCUAUCUCCCAUGUGUCUCCCUAUUGCAAGGCCUCUCCCAAAGUUGCCUUCUAAACCCCAAACAUUGAACAGCUAUGCUAGUAAAGUGGACAGGAAGAUGUUCCAAGCUGUGUCCAAAUCUUCAACCAUUGCAGACACUCCCAAACCAGCUGCACCACGGCGUGGAAGCACUCAAAAAAUACACAGGAUGCCCCAGUAUGUCAACAAAAUCGAGACUAUCUUUGAUGACAAGCGAGGGAGGAAGAGAGUGAAGAACCAAGGAGUCACCGUGCGAGCAGAGGAGACCAGCGGGACUGAGAGCGACCCUGAGGACGGCACCAAAGGCUCCAGGAGAUCAGUUUACAUCCAGUCUACAUUGAAACGUCGACCAGGCUACCGCACCCUGGAGAGAGACCUGAUCCAGAUGCAGCAGCAGCAGCUUUUCCAGAUCUUCGUGGUGGUGUCACUAAGAAAAAGCUCCCAAGAAAACACCUACUCCCCUGAAAUUACACAACAGUUCCCCAAAAUGUUUGAGAAGUCGUCCCGCCUUUCCAAAGAAGCUGAGGAUCAGCUGAAGGUGAUCCCAAGGUUCUGCUUCCCUGAUUCUCAGGACUGGAAACCUUCUGCACAGAUGCCUAGUGAGACGUUUUCCUUUGUCCUGACUGGAGAAGAUGGCAGCCGCUGGUUUUGUUACUGCCGUAAGAUCCUGCCCAGUGGAAAGGGGAAGAGACUUCCUGAGGUGCACUGUAUGGUCAGCAAGCUGGGCUGUUUCAAUCUUUUUGCAAAGAUUCUGGAAGAGGUGGAGAGGCGCAGAGAAAUAUCUCCGGCUCUCGUGUACCCUUUUAUGCGUACUGUGAUGGAAGCUCCUUUUCCAGCCCCUGGACGCACAGUUACCGUUAAGAGCUUCCUCCCAGGCGCUGGGAGUGAGGAACUGACUUUAUGCCGACCUGUGGACUCCAGACUGGAGCAUGUGGACUUUGACAGUCUGCUGGAAUGUCUCAGUGUCGCAAAACUCCUGCAGGUUUUCGCCUCCCUUCUGCUCGAGAGGAGGGUCAUCUUUGUCGCUGACAAACUCAGUGUGCUGUCACGCUGCGGCCAUGCAGCCUUGGCGCUGCUCUACCCGUUUACUUGGCAGCACACCUUCGUGCCUGUGUUACCAGCCAGCAUGCUGGACAUCAGCUGUUCCCCCACCCCAUUCCUCAUUGGGGUGCUGGCACCCUGCCUGCCACAGGUGCUGGAGCUUCCCAUUGAAGAGGUGCUCAUAGUGGAUCUGUGUGCAAACAAGUUUGUCAUUCAGCUGGGCGAUGAGGACUGCAUUCUGCCCAGUAAACUGCAGGCGGCGCUGCAGCAGAUCCUGGAGGAGAGGGAAGAUAUUCUAAGAGAAGAAAAUGGAAACACGUGUGGAGACCAGCAAAUUGAUUUGAGCUCCUUGGUGUCGGAGGCGUUUGUGCGAUUGUUCGUGGAGCUAGUGGGACACUAUCCUCUCCACAUGGUCGAGUCCCCCAAUGGCAACAAGGAGCUCCAGCGGGACAGUUUCCGCAAAUCUCAUCCCUCUCGGGGAGUCCGCCAGUUCCUGCAGCUCUUCAUGGACACCCAGAUGUUUGCUGGUUUCAUUCAGGACAAGGAGCUGCGCAAGGGAGGAGGAAGAGGUCUCUUUGAAACCAGAGUGGCCGAGUAUCUGGAUUCACACCCUGAGCCUGAGCCAAGUGGUGUGAACAAAUUUCUUAAAGGACUGGGAAACAAGAUGAAGCUCCUGCAAAUUAAAUGAAAAAAAAGGCCAACAUCUCUGUAAAAGCAAGACUUUGUGAUUAAAAACAGAACUCUUGUUGCUCCUGGUCUGAGAAAUGACCGUGCCUGUGAAAGAGUCUUCUGUCAGAGGGUGAAAGGGACAAAGAAGACUUGAUGUGGAGGAGCAGACUCAUGUUAUAACCAUGAACUCAAGUUUGAGACCAGUCCAUUUCUUACUGGGAGAAAACUGGAAAAGUGUGUCUGGGAUAUUGUUUUGUUUUUUAAAUUUUACAAAUUCUUUUGAGGACCUUAGAAUCGACUGUUGUAUCUUUGAGCGUGUGGUUAUAACCACUAUGUCCAUUUACACAGAAACUUGUUUACUUGGAACUCUACUAACAUUUGAAUCGCAUCAAUCUUGCAUUUCAAUCAAGUACUUUACAUUUUCAGUUUGUGUGCAUGGAUCCAGCCUGGUGGGUCUUUUGUUUCUCAUACUUGCGUGUAAAUAACAUUCUCAUUGUUGCAUUCCUGUCACUUGGAUGCUGUGUCUCUGUUGUUCCUUCAUUUUGGGAUUAAUAUCUCUAAGAGAACAUCUCAGUUUUUCUAGGUUCAAACUCAGUCUGAUCAAUUGGUCGUUAUACUUUUUUUUUAUUCUUGGUUUUCAUUCUGUUUACUGGAAUUGUAAAUAUAUUUUGACAUUUUGCACAUGUUCAGAACAAGUGUACAGUAUUUGGAAUAUUUUUGUAUUAAAGCAUGACUUAUCAUACUUUUUAAA